CAUCCACCCACCGCCACACUUCCUGUUGCAUCCACCCUCCCAUACAAGCUUCCGCGAAAUCUCUGGGCAUUCUUACACGAAAGUUCGAAUCCUCAGCUUCAGUACGAGGUGCCCUAAACGGCCAUGGCCCAGCGAAAGAAGUCACUCCUGAUCGGAAUCAACUACGUUGGCUCUAAACAUGAGCUGAAGGGAUGUCACUCAGACGUGGACAACAUUGCCGAGUUCCUGAGCUACAGAGGCUACAGUAACAGUCACCGCGAUAGAGUCAUCUUAUCAGAUAACCCAGUGGUGGCUCCUGACAGCCCGUAUUACCCUACGGGCCACAAUAUCCUCGCAGCGAUGGACUGGCUGGUUUCUGAACCCGGAUGCACUCUUUUCAUGCACUACUCUGGACAUGGAGGGCAGGUGGAAGACGUCGACAGCAAUCGUAGUACAGGACUGGAUGACUCUCUGGUCCCCGUUGACUUCGAGUACAAUGGCCAGCUUAGCAGUACUCUGCUGCACCAGCAUCUUGUUACUCGCAUGGCGCCUGGGUGCACCUUGUUCGUCCUCAUGGAUUGCUGCCACUCAGGCUCCGCGAUCGAACUUCCAUUUGUGUACCGCACUGAUGCAGAUGGCCAAAUCUCGCUGAUGGACAAUCUGAGAAAGGGUGCGCAGCUCGUCGGUGAGGCUCAGGAUAUUCUAUCUGGGGGCUUCAAUUUCAACAAGAUGGGCGAAGCCAGGGAAUUGUUCGCCGGCGCAACGAGCUUCUUCCAUGGCUUGAAGCACAUGGGUGAACAGGAGGAGGAAGGCUUACAAGAAGGCGAAUUUGUUGGCCAGUAUGGGUCAGAAAAUAAGAUGGUGACCAUGUUCAGUGGGUGUCGCGACGACCAGACAAGUGCAGACGCAAACAUAGCUGGCCGUAGUACUGGUGCGAUGACGUGGGCAUUCCUGCAGAUCAUGAAAGCCGGCGAAACUCCGACGUACGCUCGAACGCUACAAAUGACCAGGCAGCUGCUCGAUCAGAGCAACUACACUCAGGUCCCACAACUCAGCUCUGGGCUCGAUAUCGAUUUGGACAACUUGCCAUUGGCGAUCUGAUGUCAGAGUCGGCUCUGUCUACGAAAUGAACCAGCCUACUGUCAUAUUAUACUAACUAUACUAUUACUCAGGCCGAGUUAAUGGACCAUGACGAGCAGCUUGACUCCUCAUUCCCCGAGCUUCUUCUGAC